GAGGAUUCUCCGCGGCACUUCGAAUGCCACGCCGCGAUAUUCAAUCAUUGAGCUGGCACCAUUACAUAAUUUGUAAUGUCGUUUCAUCCCUGGAAGUCCUUGGACUCGGAGCUGGCAAUUCACCACAGGAAGUUGAGCACAACAGGACUGCAGCACAGGCUUCCAUAGCCUUAGAUAUUCCUGUUCAUGCAUCCAUUACGAGAUCUGAAAUGGCUUGCCACCAACUUGGUUGCAGCACAGGAAGCCCGGGCGUCAAAUUCCAAUUAUAAAACGACCAAGGAUGUAUGGCCGAUAUCUCCACAAGCUUAUCUCGUCACCUUACAAGUAUGAGCAGAUACGCAGGAAUCGUACAUCACUCCCCAGACCAAAAUCUUUUGCAUUUGCCGCUUCAAGAGGUCGAUGUAAAAGUGUGGAUGGUCGAUGUCUCUGCAAGGGUUGUACUCUCGCAAGUGUUUGAGAAUGUGUCAGAGAGCCCUACCAGCCGGGCAAAAUAUGUAUUCCCUCUUCCAGCGAGUGCAGCGGCUUGUGCUUUUGAACUCGAGCAUGCCGAUGGACGUGUCAUCGUCGGUGAUGCAAAGGAGAAGUCAGAAGCUGCACAAACUUUCCAGAGUGCAUUGGACGCCGGAAAGUCUGCAGGGCUCGUAGAACAGGUGACGGACGACAUAUUCACGAUCUCAAUCGGCUCAAUUCCCGCCCGGCAGAAGGUCACAGCAAGACUGACAUUUGUAAUGGAUCUUUUGGAUGAGGGAAGACAGGAUUAUGUUCGUCUACAGCUUCCAAUGGCCAUUGCGGAACGAUACGGCGAGACACCUGCAGCCAUGCUCGACGCAUCCACAGCUAAUGAAAAGACAAUUGUUAAAAUCGCUGUGGAUAUUCAAACCAGUGAGAAGAUCCAGGAGAUACGCAGCCCUACUCACCCGACGAUUACUUACAAGCGCCACAAGUCGCGCACCGGAAGAAAGUCAGAACGACGGAUGGCCGUAACUUGGUCGUCUACGACGUUCCUUGACGGAGAUUUCGUAUUGACAGUGCAUGCUCUUGGACUCGACAAGCCUCGGUGUUUCGCCGAAAUCGAUCCCCAGCGUGGUGAUACCAUUGCCAUGCAGCUCUUAUUUGUACCGAAGUUCAAGAUGCCUCCUGUCACUUCGCAAGAGUACAUAUUCGUGAUCGAUCGCAGCGGAAGCAUGGCUGGAGCCCCAAUGGAGACUGCUAAGCGCACGCUGGAAAUGCUCCUUCACCUAUUGCCCGAUUCACAAACGACUUUCAAUAUUUUCAGCUUCGGGAGCGAGGUUGACGGUCUGUGGGGGAAAAGUGCAUCGUUUGAUCAGUCGAGAAUGCGUCAUGCGAUUUCGAGUGUAAAAGGCAUGCAAGCAAACUACGGAGGGACAGAAAUUGCAAAAGCCCUGCAGUUCGCUAUCGCGUCGCGUAAUCACGGCCGCCCGACUGCCAUGUUCGUCCUCACUGACGGGGAUAUAGCUCCUUCCGACAAUCUUGACCCAUUUACGGUUGUCUCCACGGCUGUGAAGAGCUGCAGGCCCGAUGCACCAUUGAGAGUAUUCACUCUUGGGAUCGGCGAAAGUGUCUCAUCGGCAAUGUGUGAGCGCCUUGCUCGUGAGGGUGGAGGUGAAUGCCUGUUCGCUGUUCGAUCCGAGGAUAUUACAGGGAAGUGUGCGAGACUUCUGAAUGCUGGUCGGACUCGCGAGAUCGAGAGUGUUACAGUUGAUUGGCAUGGUUCGGGGAGCCCGCCAGCUGUCAACUUCUCACCCUUGAAUCGCCGUAAUCCCCUUCCGCCCAGCGUCGUGCAGCUAGAGCCGCCACCUCAGAUACAGCAGGCCCCGCAUACAAUCACAAAGAUUUUUCCUGGAAUUCGCUUCAAUGUCUUCGCGAUCACUACUUUCAGAUCGGUUCCUCGCGAAGUCAGGUUGCGCGCCAAGGUUAAAGAUCUGGAAGAGGUUCUCGAGCUGGUAGUGCCUGUCACGGAAGUGAAACCAUUCAAGGACGAGUGGACAUUUAUUCCACUCGUGCAUACCUUGGCUGCACGAGAACUCAUAAAGCAGUUGGGAGAUUCCGAGGGUAAGGCGCUCCUUCCAAAACCCAUCACAUCUGCUUCAGAUGAGGACAUUCGAAAAGCGGCGAUCGUUCGCUUGGGACUUGAGUACCAGCUUGUGAGCCAGCACACAUCCUUUGUGGCUGUAGAGUCCGGACGGGAGACAGCUAGGAACGGGCUGCGUCGGUCAAAGUCAUGGCAAAGGUCUCGGCAGCAGCAUGGCUACGCCAGCGUCACUGCCGGUGCUGCUGAUGGAGGUAAUCCAGGAAUAGAUAUGACCACCGUGCAGACCGUUUGGGACAGCUUGUCUCAGGCGGUUUAUGCAGCGUUCAGCUUCUUCUUCUCGGAUCCUCCCCCGACCACCCGAAGCCGCCAGAAGCCGCUUCCCGGCACCUAUUAUUCCGCUGCACAGUCUCGCUCAGGCUCGCCAUCCAUUCAGAGUGAACAUUCAUUUCGAUACAACAACUCGAGCACAGACACGUUCUCUACAUUGAGUUCAUUGGAAGGCUCUUCUAGCUCUCGAUGGUCCUACUCUAGGCCAUCCAGCCCCGUACCUCCGCCGGAAGAUCCAAUCCAGCGCGUGCCAUCGCCAGUCUUUGAUUCGGCCCCACCGGGGACAGGACAAGCAGCACCACCGCUCAUCACCGCCUCUCACCCACCACCUGUGCCUGAGGAAGUAGAGACUAUUAUCUCACUACAGAGCUUCGACGGCUCAUUCACGCCAUCGCCUCAAUUGGGGGCGCUUGUGGGAGUGGAAACGUUGGCCAAGGCAGCAGAACAGCGGGUCGAUGGGAAGAUAUGGGCGACUGCGGUUGUUGUGGCGUACCUGAAGCAUCAUUUGGCUGCGCAACCGGAUCUGUUGGAUGCGCUGCUGAACAAGGCUCUGGAUUAUGUUGAAGGAGGGGGUGCGAGUUUGCUGGUCGGACGUGAUUUUUGGGACUUGGUGAACAUCGCGGGGCAGUCUGUAGGUUCGCGAUGAGUUCGUCGAGGUGGUGGUAUGAUUGUUUCUUUUGGAGCUACCCACUGGCACGGGCAUUGUUUUUUUUUUGAAUUGGAACGAGUCUCCGGAUUGCAGCAGCUGGCUCAGGCACCUAAUCUACACAGCUGGUUAUUACUUACAUAAAGUCGCAGCAGGGAAGAUGCACCUGAAAGGACUCGAAUAGCAACUCCUGACCGAAUGAAUCUUUACUCUGUUGCGGCUUUGCAAUCUUUCUCAGGGCACGCUAUGUACACCGUACAAAUCAAUUUGAGUACUACAGCUUAUGUGUUUUGGAGUUAUAAAUCUUACUCAUAUUGGA